UAGGUGCAAAUAACAAUAGUGCUGACUCUAACCGAAGUUCUCUUCUAAUGUCUGGCUUGUUAAUGAAGUUAAUAAUUUAUCCAGACAAUUUAAGUUAACGUUUGAGGACUAAGGAAUGGUUGAGUAAUAAUGGUAAAGUCCAUUUUUUUAAAAUUCUGUCUUGUUUUUCAAGAUGUCAGUGAAGGCUUGGUUCCGGUUUUUAUAAGACGUGGAUAUGAUGCGUCUUGUGUUUGAUUCAAUCAUAGGAAUACAGCAUUCUGGAACUGCUUUCUGGCACCUGCUGAAAAAAACUCGAGACCCAACGGACAGUUGCUGAAUAAUUCAUCAGUGAUAGUAUUUUGCCUCUAUAUUGUUUAGCCGUAAUAAGGGAAAUGGAAUUGGAAUUAUAAGGGCGAGGAGACUGCGGGGAUGCUUUUGUUGAGUAUGUUGAAACAAAUCACUCUGAAACUAAGACAUCAAACAUAUCUGUGGAAAGGUCGACUCGAAGUAACUCGAUCUGUCAACUGGUGAAACGAUCUUCGCCUUCCAAUACUUACAGAACGACCAAAACAAACAUCACAGAAUUAUGGAAACUACUACAAUUUGCCUAGCUAAUCUUAAAUUCAUUUAGAAGACGCAUGCAAAUUGUACGAAAAUUACUCUCGUGUGCUGUUUUGCCGUGAAAUGUGUUCGUUAGAGGCCUCGGCUCAGAGUUCGUCCAUCUCGCUCAUUCCUGCGCUUUUUGACGAUCGUAUUGUUAUCAACGUCAGCGGGAUGAUUUUCGAGACUCGGGGGGAGACACUUGCGCGAUUCCCAAACUCUUUACUUGGUAACCCGUGCAAGAGGAACAGCUUCUACGUACCCGAGCUAAACGAAUACUUCUUCAACCGCAACAGGGCAGCUUUUGAGGCCAUACUUUAUUACUACCAAUCUGCCGGCAGAUUGCGACGGCCUGCUGAAGUCCCUAUGAGGGUGUUUAAACAAGAAAUCGAAUUCUUUGAGCUAGGCGACGAAAUUAUUCAUGCGAUGUUAAUAAAGGAAGGCUACAUAGAAAUGGAAGCUGAGCCCAAAAUGCCUGAGAAUUUGCUACAAAGGCAGAUCUGGGAAUUAUUUGAGCACCCGGACUCAUCAUCAUUUGCGACUGGCCUUGUUGUCUUUUCGAUUUUCAUGAUUGUUUCGGCAGUUGUCACUUCGAUUGCUGAGUCCAGCGUACGAGGGGAAUUCCUAGAAGACUUGCCAGACGCCUCCAACCAGACGACUAAAUCGCCGCGGAAUCUAGAGAACCCCUGGUUUGUUUUAGAGAUUGUCUUUAACUCAUGGUUCACGCUGGAAUACCUAAUACGGUUUUUCACAGCUCCGAGCAAGUACGGGUUUUUAUUGGGUCUUUUAAACAUUGUAGACCUGGUAGCAAUUCUACCAUUUUACGUGACAUUAUUGCUGGAUUCUUCGCAAAGUAACUCUGUCACCGUUCUGCGUGUUCUAAGGGUUGUGCGCGUUUUCCGCAUGUUCAAGCUUUCUCGCUACUCCAGGAGUCUCCAAGUUAUUGGCUAUUGCGUGCUUGAAAGUAUACGAGAGUUGGGUCUAUUAGUUUUAUGUCUAUUCUUGACUGUUGUUGUCUCUUCAAGUUUAUUGUACUAUGCGGAGUUUGGAGAAAAGACAACGUUUUUCACAAGUGUACCGGAGACGUUCUGGUUCUCACUUCAGACCAUAACAACCAUCGGUUACGGUGAUAUGAUCCCGCUGACACCCCUAGGGAAAUUGCUAUCAGCCGCCUGUGCAAUCUUCGGUGCUAUUACAUUGGCCCUGCCGGUGCUCACAUUCGUGUCAAACUUCAAUAAACUAUAUUACAAAAACAUCGAGGACGAUUUUAAUCUGCGAAAAUCCGCGCAGGAUGAAAAACGUCCAAGUGUAGAACCUGAAACCAUGACGACGAGAGUAGAAGACUGAAAAUCUUAAAAUGAAAGAAAUUCAAACACUUAAAGAUGAACGUAUUGUUUAAGAAUUGAAUGCGCCCUUCUGAUAACUCAAGAUAAUUAUGUGUUUUUACUCUAACAUUUUUUUAAAAUUGUUGUCACUAUUCUUGGAUUAAACCAGAAAUAAUUACAAUUGUGUACCAAUAUUCCCCCUCAAAAUCAGCGUGAGGCUCAUAGCAAUUUGCAAUUCAAUUUGUAGUUGCUUUUCGCCUUUAUAUCUUUGUUAUGAUAUAACAAAAAAUGAUUUACAUUAUUAUGAUCGUUUCUACUAUUCAGCGGAAAUGGAUAUUUGAAAAUUCAGGGAAAAGUAAGCGAUAUUGACUAAUUCUUUCAAAGACAAGUUAUUUUCCCUGCGCCAUAUAUAAGUAGAAAAGAAACUAUAAAAUGGUUACAUCUUCUGUAACAUAAAUAAUCGUGUUAUAUAUUCUGCGGGUUUAAUAAUACCAUCCAAAAAACGCAGAUGAGUAUAACUUAAAAUAAAAAAUCUUUAUUAAAAAAUUUCGCCACGAUAUAA